AUGUCUCCUUCCACAGAUGCCCCCAGACAAUUCAGCCAACCUUCCCGUAAGGGUAAAAAGGCGUGGCGAAAGAAUGUGGAUGUCACGGAGGUCCAAGAAGGUCUCCGGUUGCUGAAAGAUGAGGAGAUCAAAGGCGGUGUCCUGGCAGAGAAGCCUUCUGAAGAGCUGUUCACCUUCGAUACCACUGGCUCGACAGAAAUUCGCAAAGCAUUCGAGAAAAAGCACAAGCCGCUGAAAUCGGAAGAAAUUAUUGCCCAGCGGUCGGUCAUCCCAGCGGUAGACACUCGCAAACGCAACAACUCCAAGGUGACAGAUGGCGUUCUCGAACCGAAGACUAAGAAACACAAGAGCGACUGGGUUACCCGCAAGGAUUGGCUGCGCUUAAAACAAGUCGCUAAAGAAGGCAAACCCAUCAAAAAGGACGUAGGAGGUGAAUUCUAUGAUCCCUGGGCUGAUGCUGAAGAUCCAACGCCUGUGGAAGAUCCGCAAUUUGAUUUCUUGGAGAAACCGAAGCCGAAGGUUGCACCUGUAACGCUAAAGGAAGCCCCGAUUUCACUUGCCGCAAAUGGAAAAGCAAUUCCGGCUGUCCGCACGCCGAACGCUGGCACAAGUUAUAAUCCAACCUUUGAGGACUGGGAUGGUCUUCUACAGGAACAAGGAGCCAAGGAGGUAGAGGCAGAGAAAAAGCGCCUGGAGGAGGAGCGUAAAGAAGAAGAAAGACAGCGUCUGAUUGCCGAGGCCAAGGAUGACGAUGGCGAGGUGAGGUCGGACGAUGAAAGUGCCUGGGAAGGUUUCGAAAGCGAGUACGAGACUCCGGAUUGGCUGAAGAAGAAACGUCCAGAGAGAAAGACGAAAGCACAAAGAAACAAGAUUAAGCGACGUAAGGAGGCUGAAAGGCAAGCAAAAUGGGAGGCACAGAUGAAGAAGAAGGAAGAGCAGGUUGAGCAGGCAAAAGCUAUUGCCGAGAAAAUGAAGCAGCAAGAGCUUGAGCGCGCUGAGUCUUCCGACUCUGAGGGAGAAGGUGAUGAUACUGCUUUGCGACGAAAGCCUUUGGGUGGAAGGACAUAUGCUCCCGAGCAAAAACUGGAGGUUGUUCUACCAGAUGAACUGCAGGACUCACUGCGCUUGCUUAAGCCAGAGGGAAAUCUGCUCGACGACCGAUUCCGGACGUUAAUCGUUCAAGGAAAGUUAGAAUCUCGAAAGCCUGUUUCACAACCCAAGAAGGCAAAGAGAAAGCUGACGGAGAAAUGGGGUCACAAGGAUUUCAAGGUUCCAGGCCUCUCUACAAAACGCAAGACAUCGGAGCGGGAAGGCCAAAAUGGUGUGGUAAAGAAGCGAAAAACGGAGACAGUCGAAGGGAAAACCAAACUUGAACAAUCUCGUGUAUUGAGAAAGAGGAAGAGAAUGGCCGACAGUGCUGCUGAUGGAGACAAGGAUGGCGUUCAAGAAACCGUCGUGAAAACUAUCUCCCGGAAGACUUCUACUACCUCGAUUGCGCCGCGACCCGAAGUGAAGAUUGCGAAGGUCAAUGAGGGACGGUCACCGACUGCGGAACUAGGUAAAUAUGUUGCGAUGGACUGCGAGAUGGUGGGAGUCGGCCCUAACCCCGACAACGACUCGGCUCUUGCACGUGUCAGUAUUGUCAACUUCAACGGCGAACAAGUAUAUGACUCCUUUGUACGACCGAAAGAAAUGGUCACGGAUUGGCGAACACAUGUGAGCGGCAUAUUACCGAAGCAUAUGGUGGAAGCCCGGUCCCUUGAACAAGUUCAAAAAGAUGUUGCAGAGAUCAUGGAUGGGCGAAUACUCGUUGGGCAUGCCUUACGGAACGAUCUGGAUGCACUUCUUCUAAGCCAUCCCAAGCGCGACAUUAGAGACACUAGCAAACACCCACCAUAUCGAAAGAUUGCCGGGGGCGGUUCUCCCCGCUUGAAAAUGUUGGCUUCAGAAUUUUUAGGUCUGGAUAUUCAGAGCGGCGCUCAUUCUAGUGUGGAGGAUGCUAAGGCUACAAUGCUCUUAUAUCGGCGAGAUAAAGAUGAAUUCGAGAAGGAACACCUGAAGAAAUGGCCGGUACGGGUAGUGGUUGAGAAGGAGAAUGGAGAUGACCAGAAGAAGAAGAAAAAGAAGAAGAAGAAGACGCGCAAGAGGUGA